AUGCCGACAUCCUACACUACCAAGGUUACCUAUGAACAAGCUCUGCUGCUAUAUGCCAUUGUCACAGACAACCCGUUUAAUGCAGCAUCAGUGAUCAGGGAUCAGCUCACCAGAUGUAUCACAUAUCCCAAGGUGAAGAGCUGGUACUUCCCAGUUAUGAUCACCAUGCUUUGCAGAAGGGCAGGGGUGACCUUUUCGAGCACAGACACUGAGAAUAGCCUGCGACAACCUUUAAGGCUUUCUAAAUUAGAUCAGAGACCUCCAGGUGCAUCUUCUUCAGGGCAAGCAGCACCUGCACCAACUCCAGCUGGACAAUUGAGGCAAAGAAACUUCAACAAGCAGACUCGGUUCAUCCUGGAUUAUGUCUACCAGUGCCAGAUGAGGACUGAGCAAUUCUUGCAGAAAAUGCACAAAUGCAUUGGAUGCCCUGAAAACUACCCAUUGCCGCAUGAUCCACCAGCCCAUCCACUCCAUGGAACGCCUCCAUAA